UUAGAGGCAGAAAACAGGAAAAAAAAUAUUCUAAACCAAUGGACUGCAGACAUAGUACAGGAGAUGACCAGAGACUGCGGACACAGUACAGGAGAUGACCAGAGACUGCGGACACAGUACAGGAGAUGACCAGAGACUGCGGACACAGUACACACAGAGAUGAUCGGAGACUGCAGACAUAGUACAGGAGAUGAUCGGAGACUGCGGACACAGUACAGGAGAUGAUCAGAGACUGCGGACAUAGUACAGGAGAUGAUCGGAGACUGCGGACAUAGUACAGGAGAUGAUCGGAGACUGCGGACAUAGUACAGGAGAUGACCAGAGACUGCGGACACACAGUACAGGAGAUGACCAGAGACUGCGGACAUAGUACAGGGGAUGACCAGAGACUGCGGACAUUCUCUGGUCAUCUCCUGUACUGUGUCCGCAGUCUCUGGUCAUCUCCUGUACUGUGUCCGCAGUCUCUGGUCAUCUCCUGUACUGUGUCUGCAGUCUCUGGUCAUCUCCUGUACUGUGUCCGCAGU